UCGGAUGGUGGGGCAAUUAAAACUAAUUACAUAUAAAAUUACAUAAUUACAUGCACAAAGCCCUGGAUUCUUCUGGUCUUUAUAGCACUAAAGGGAAUAGCUGACAUUUCAAGGUGCAGAAUUAUACUCCUGUUGCAAAACAUGGCCUGCUUGCCUUAUGUAAUGUUCUGUGAAAAUGCAAACUGAACUCCAAACAAAAUACCUUACAGGUUUUAGGGUUAACUAGCUUUUUCUCAGUUCUCUGACUCGUGAAGAAAACCAAGACAAAGUGUAUCAAAACUUUACAUGUCAAAAAAUACCAGUGACAACGGAGCUGUGAGUAGGUAGUUCUGUUUUAUAGAAGCAUCAGGAUUACUGGAAUCAGAGCCAGCACUGUCCAGCUUAACCCGCUGCCACCUAUUUACCCAUCAGUUUAUACCCACUGGAGCUCAUGUGAGUUUUAUUUCUGGUUAUGGCAGGUUGGGUUCAACGUGUCCUAAGACAGGAAUUUGUGGAACAUUUAUUCCUUUGGGUGUGGCAAAGAGACGGACGCUUGGUAUUCACUGGUAGAACUGAAAUCACAUCACUGUCUGAUCCAGACACUCCUAAGAGUCUAAAUUUUCAGUCGUCAUUUAUAAUGGGAGGCAAAGAGGAAAAGUAUUGUGUUUUUCAGUGAGUUAAAAGGAUUAGAAGAAGAAUUAAUGGUCUGUGUCAGAAGCGUGGAGCCAAAGGGAGGAGAAUCCUGUCAAAACGUUGAUUACCGUAAUGCUCAUCUGUCUGUUUACAAGAAAGGGUGUCACAAGGUCCUCAUUCUCUAAGUUGUUUCCAUUUAUUUGAGGGCAGUUACUUGAUUUUUAACAGAAACAUAUUUAAUCCCAUCUUUUAUGAAUGUCUUUGGUUUAUUCUCUUAGUGAAUCAUGAAAGUGGCAACAGAGAUGUAUUUUUAGACUUGGGUCUCGUUUGACUAAUGCUGAAAAAGAUGUAGCAGUGUGCGCUGUGGGGAUUGGGGUAUUUUGCAGUAUUUCUUUUUUCAUAAAAGCCAAUAAAACUGGCUUUUAUUUUGUGUGUUGUUUUGUUUUGUUUUGUUUUGUUUUUCCUUCUAAGGGGAAGAUUAGACAUAUCGGCGGUUUGUGCUUACAGUAUGAGCAAGAUUCAGGAAGUCUUCUCCAAAGGAAGCUACAAAGGACCAGUCCCUGUAGAACAUUCCCCUGUUAAGUGGAUGGUGUAUAGGGGAGAAGUGCCUGUUCCACGUCCUGGUGCUUGCAUUGAUAAUUUUGCCCGGAGUAUUGGGUAUAAUAGUUCUUUUGACUUGCCUGACAAAGUUUUGCAGUUUGUUAGAGAUCACCCUCUAAUGGAUAAUUCUGUAAAUCCAAUCGGUAAUAGACCGGUGCUGCUGAAGAGAGACUCAAACUACACCAGGAUUGUAGUAGACAGAGUCACUGGCCUCGAUAAACAAACAUACGAUGUUAUGUUUCUAGGAACAGAUGAUGGCUAUUUGCAUAAAGCUUUCAAUUGUGAUGGGGAAAUGUUCAUUGUGGAGGAGCUACAGCUGUUCCUGUCUCCUGAGCCCGUACAAUCUCUCCAGCUGUCUUCUGAAAAGGGCAUGCUCUACGCAGGGUCCCUGUCUCAAGUGGUGCAGCUUCCAGUUUCGGAGUGCCGCCGAUACCAGUCGUGCCCGGAUUGCAUCCUGGCGAGGGAUCCUUACUGCGCGUGGUCGCAGCCUGCUAACGAAUGCGUCCUACUGGCAAACCAGACCGGUCAUAGGAAGUAAGUAACGAGCUGCUGUUUCAGCUGCGCACCUGAGAUCGCUUUGUCAGUGCACUCUUCGGGUCUGUAACGCAACACUAGGAUGAUUCCUAGACAUGGGAUGAAGCAAGCUGGAACACUUCUUGUCUGUGUUUUCAUCUGUUUGGUUUUGGGUUGUUUUUUUCCUUUUUGUUUUUUUUUCCAGGCAUUUAAUUCAAAGUGUGAAAUACGGGGAUGCUUCCAGCUGCCUUAGUGUAGGUAUGUGAAUGCUUGUUUUAAGACAGAAUACUUGAACUUCAUGUGAUCAAAAUGCUUUGUGCUCACUGGAAUUCUUGCACUACAGAAAAUCACAGAAUUAAAAUAAUGUUGAUUAUUACUUUUGAACUAAAACCAAAAAAAAACCCACGCUGAGCUGGUACUGCCUAAUGCUCUUAACCCUCUCAAUCCAAAUGUCAGAAUACUUUGGUUCAGAUUGAAACUUAUUCCCAAGGGAAGUAUAAAUGUGACCUGUUUGAGGUUAUUGGUGUCCCUCCCGCACCCACUUUGCAGAAAUCACACGACACAUCGGCUGUCCUACUAAAUCUGACACUGCUUUGGGACGCUGCCGUGCACUUAAAAAGAAGGGUGUUUGUUAUUGGCCGUUUCAGAUUACUUUUAUUAUUUUUAGUGGGUUUGGGAAAUAAAUUACUUUUACUGUAGAAUUGCAGGGGUGUGUAAU